UAGUAGUAGCCGUACUUAUCUGAGGAAGGUCGAAUUGAUUACCAUUUCGAUUAAGACGAUUCGACCAACAUGUACAGGUUUUUUAAAUAGCACCCGAACAUGUGAGCCAUGAGGGAGUUUGCCAGGUGUGAUAAAUAAGCAAUCUUCAGGUGUAACUGCUACGUUUUGUGUGUAGUAAACAUGGACAGACAAGGUGCACUGCCUCCUCCUCCAUCCUAUGAGGAGGCCCAAGGACUUCAGAUAAGUGGCCCUACUAGUGCCACAGACGAUAGUGGCGACACCCCUGCGUCAACGCCCCUCCUCGGUGAGAUCGGCGGAAGUACACCGACACCAGAUCCACAGAAUCGGAAUUUUGGUCAGUUUGGAGCUUUUCCUGCAAGCACGGUCGCUGCGUCUUCAAACAUGGGCGGCACAUCAUUCACAAACGUCACUUCCGGGACUGCAGGGUCUGUACCGUCGACAACGGACACAGAUGGCCCAACCUCUAUUCCCAUCCCCCCAGGACAUGUACCCGUUAUUACAUGUCACAGUUGUGGAGCAAGGCAACAAAUUGGACAAUACUCGUUCUUACCAAAGACUCAAGUUAUUAGUAUGCAAGCCCGCGAUAGCGGCAUAAACUUUUACUCACCUCAGCCCCGCGGGCCCGAAGUUACGGCCCCUACUUACAUGAUAACGGCGGGGCAGCAGCCAGGUUACCCCCCGUCCCUACCAGCUAGUGGGAUUGUACCCUCACAGCAACAAUGUAACGUAGCAGUACACUACAAUUCUAACCAAGGAACAGUGCAAUCACAACCCGCUACUAGUCAGAAUGACUCCGAGAUACAUGCCUCUACAAAUGGAAUUGGUGUAGAGAAGGGGAUUUAUAUUCUCUGUUUUAUGAUAUUCUUUGGAGUUGUAAUAACUGUCGUUAUAAUGGUCAUAGCUGAUUUAUAGAAUCUACGUUCAAAACCUUUCGCCGGCAUUAUCAAUGCUUUUAUGAAUGUUGAUAAAAAAAAGUUAUUUUAGAUUUUUCACUGUGGUUUGUUAAUAUGCAUGUUAUGUUUAGAUUGAUUUGAAUAGUGGCAUGUUUGAAAAUAUGCAAUGUCUUGGACGGUCAUUUGAAAUUAUCCAAGAAUUGAAAAUUAUAAAUAUUAUUCAAUUAUGUGAUUACUGCACAACUUCCCUUCUGUACAAUGCCAUUUAUUUAGAUAAUUUUCAUGCCUUUGUCAUGUUUCAUGUUCCAAAAUACAUAACUUUGAGUCUCAAGUAUCACUAACGAAUUCUAUUAGAGCGAAACAGCAGAGUGAAGUAACUUAAUUCAUUAAGUAGUCUUUCUGUAUCUCUAUCUAAUGGUACAGUUUUCUUGUGUGUCUUUUCUAUAUAUAUAUUGCUAGUGAUUGUACAUCCGGUCUUUGACGAAACCAUAUUACUCCAUCAAUGAACUUUCAUGAUAUCAUGAAAGAAGAAAAAUCGUAAAGAUGUUUGAUAUAUGUACAUCCACAUCUCGCUGGUUACAUAAUAUAUAGAUAUAAAGGUAAUAGCUCUAACUCACUAAUCCAUUGAAAAAUAUCGCAUUCUGUAUCAUUGUAAAGAAAUAGGUCUUUCUUCUUCGGGCGUUCAGGAUCUCGAAGCCUUCAAAAGUGACAUCACUAGUCAUAUAAUUGACUAAAACGUCACGUGGACAAUUACUGAAAUCUCUGUUAUCAUCAUGAAUGAAAACAACAUUGUGUCAAAUAGAAUGUUUGGAGAUUCUUUUGAUUAAUGGUUUAAAAAUAUUUUUGUUUUGAUUCCCAUGUCUUACUGCUUGUAUACUUUGUUCUGUCUUGUUUAUGAUCAUACCUGUUUACAUACGUCUUGGCUUGGAGAUGUUCAUUCGCCUGAUGCAUAGUUUACAUGAUGCAUUUCAAUUACACUGAUUUUAGAACUUGGAUUUUUGUCUCUAUUCUAAGGAAGGGCAGAAGAAAAUAUACAACUUAUCUUAGUUAAGCCAGAUGUAGAGACAACUCAUCUUGCCAUUGUUGUACUACAUCUGCCAUAUAUAUUUUUGCUAUGUUCGACUGUGACGAAAAGCAGUUCGUUUUUAGGAACCCAUGGACUCGAUGUUUAGCGCAUGAACUCAUAGUUUUGUGUAUGAACCCAUAGUUUUUCAUAUGAAUUCAUACUUUGGUUUAUGAAUAUCAUGGUUUUGCAUAUGAAUUCGUUGUUUUGCGUAUGAAUUCAUGCUUUUGUCUUUCGCCUAUGAAGUAUAUUUUGCUAUAAGUACUAUUUAAUAUCUAUUUAUUGCAUUUUUUACUUAUACGUGCCUUUUUUAUGUUAAAAAUGAAUAUUUCUGAUUUCAUGUGGAA